AAUCCAACACGCUUUCUCGCGCACUAUGGCUGAGUCCAACGCGAACCGUCCGAUCACCUACUUCGACAUCACCAUCGGCGGGCGCCCGGCGGGGCGCAUCGUGUUCUCCCUCUUCUCUGACCUCGUGCCGAAGACGGCGGAGAACUUCCGGGCAUUAUGCACGGGCGAGAAGGGCAUCGGCAAGUCGGGCAAGAAGUUGACGUACGAGGGGAGCGGAUUCCAUCGGGUCAUCCCCAAAUUUAUGUGCCAGGGUGGUGACUUCACCGCCGGCAACGGCACUGGUGGCGAAUCGAUCUACGGCGAGAAGUUUGAAGACGAGGCCUUCCCGGUGAAACACUCGAAGCCCUUCCUACUCUCCAUGGCCAAUGCCGGACCCAACACGAAUGGGUCACAGUUCUUCAUUACCACCGCGCCUACACCCCACCUGGACAACAAGCACGUUGUGUUUGGCGAGGUGAUACGCGGGAAGAGCGUAGUACGCGAGAUAGAGAACCAUCCUACCAGUAACGGAGAUGUGCCCACCGAACCAAUCGUCAUCGCUUCCAGUGGACAACUGGAUCCCUCAGACCCGUCGCUCCAGCCAGAUGCUGUAGCGGCAGAUGGGGAUCCCUACGAAGACUUCCCCGACGACGAGGAGCAGCACGACGUCCAAGGCAAACCGGAGGUCGCGCUCGAGGCCGCGACGAAAAUCCGUGAAGUCGGGAACAAGCUGUUCAAGGAGGGCAAGGUAGAGGCUGCGCUGAACAAGUGGCAGAAGGCGACGCGCUACGUCGAUUUGCACUUUACGUCGCUUGAGACGGACGGGCUGAAGCAAUCAUACGCGGCACUUUUAUCACCUCUCCUAUUGAACACGGCGUUAGCCGCACUCAAGCUGUCGGCCCAAUCGCCGGCUUACGCGCGCACUACGAUCGCGACCGUGAACCGCUUGCUAUCGACGCCCACAUUGAGUCUCACCCCUGCGGACCGCGCAAAGGCGUUGUAUCGCCGAGGUUCCGCACAGGCCAUCAUGAAGCAGGAGGAGGAGGCCGAGAAGGACUUGGCGGAAGCUGCCACCCUCGUUCCCGACGACAAGGCGAUCGGGUCAGAGCUCGCCAAGGUACGGGCGGCGCGAAAGGAGAAGAGGGACAAGGAGAAGAAGGCGUACAAGAAACUGUUCGCGUGAACGAAGCCAUGACUCACAAAAAUAACAAUGUAUCUAAUCCGAUCAUCGGAAAGAGUUCAGAGCAGGUGCACAGCCACAGGUCCUGGCGCUGCCGGAUCAGGACAGAGAACUGCCAAAAGCAGAAGGAUAUUAGCCUGUCUCAAAGGCAUCUGCAGUGUCAACGGCUCGGCACGAUCGAACACGCAGCGCCUGAAUUGCGUCUUCGAUGUCACCGGAGGCCCUGGUCGCGAUGACACGACGGCGACGGAUCCGCCGUUUGGCACAAUAAACUGGCACUUGGUCCGAUGGUUUGCGGACUACAAAGCUCGCUACGUCUCCUCUCCUUCCAUCCAACUCGUCUCCGUUUUCCCUCUAGACCCUCGAGAUCCGACCCUGCGAACCCUCCCUCGACAGUCCACUCUUUUACCCUGCGAACCCCUCAUUUACCAUGAAGCUUAUCUUCAUCGCGACUCUCUUCACGUUCAUUCUAUCCGCCUUCGCCGCCGGGCUUACUCCCAACGGCGCCCGUCUCGCGCGUGGCAUGAGCCCACUGCGCCCCGCCAGGCUAUAUGCCGACGUUGCUUCGCGCACGGCAGGCGCGAAGCGUGCCACGCCCUCGUCUACGAGUGGCCAGUGCAAUACGGGCGAGCUCCAAUGCUGCCAGCAGACCGGCACGGUCAGCGGCUCCAACGGCGGUCUCCUUGGCGGUCUCCUUAGCUUGCUAGGCAUUGAGGGCAUCGCCGACGACCUCCUCCUCGGCGCGAACUGCUCUCCUCUUAGCAUCAUUGGCCUCGGCGGAAACUCCUGUUCGGCGAGUCCGGUGUGCUGCGAGAACAACAGCUACGACGGCCUCAUCUCCAUUGGUUGCGUCCCCAUCACCAUCAACUUAUAAAGCGUAAAGAAAACCUUUCCAGCACCGCGUUCUCUCGCUUUCGCCGCUUGCCCUGGGGGUUUGUGGGUCCACUUCCUGUCUUAUCGUUCGUUCGCGCUAUGGUUUGGCGUCACCAUUUCAGUAUAUCGUAGAUUGUGGAUUUCCUUCAUUUGGGAUGGAACGUCUGAUCUUUCUCGAUGAGGCGGCAUGCAGUAUUUAUGCCUGACACUGCAGGAAACAGGCUGAAUCUGGGCAAAAUAUAUCAG